UCCAAGAUUCUGCAGCCAAUCGUGAAACAUAUUCCUCCGGUUCCAAAUCCUGACAAUCGGAAAAGAAGCAGCAACAGAGAAAUCAUACUCCCGACAGAAUUCCCGAUCGAAUCAUCCGCCAAAUUAUCAACAGGUGUUACCCAUAUCAACACCGACGAGCUUGCGAGCGGCUUAGCUCCGCUCCAGUUUGAAGCUCGAAGCGCCUUUAGGUCAAUCCGAGCGGUUUCUUCCGCCGUUCCUACAUCCUCUCCCGACAGUAGCUUAGACUCGCCGGAACCUAAUCCCUUUCGAAUCUCGUCGUCGGGAGUGGAGGAUUCGGAGGGGCCGAUAUCUCUACCAUCUGCUAGCGCGGGAGCAGAAAUUCAUAGAAGUGCGGAGUUCUCUAGAUCCACCAGUGAUGGGUACGAAGCCUCUGGAGGUGAAGAUAGUGAUAUAAUUCCAUCGAGAAUCGUGCACAGAUCAUUAAACUGGUCGAAUGUGAUCUUCAACUCCGAUCGCGGUGAGAGGAUUGCGAGCAGACGAAUUGGAUAAGGGGGGACAGAUUAGGAAAGCGUUCUCUGCUUCGUUUGGCUAAGAAGAGGAUUCUUAUCUGAUCUGCCAUUGAUGCACUCAAUCAGAAGCUGAUUCCUUCCUCUUCUUGUGGUUAGAACUAAAACUGAG